AUUGCAUGAGGAAGGAUUUUUACACCAUAACAAUAACUUAUUAGUUAUUAGUUAGUCUAAGUUUUUUUUUAUUGAUGCAUAUUUUAAUGGAAAUAAAGUAAGGCUAAACUAAAUGGAUAUUGGCAUUAGGUUGUUUUUACAGCAGUGCUCACGCAUGCUGUUGAGGCCUGUGUUACCUGCACAAGCCUGCACUAGUAGUAGAGCUAACAGCUACCAGCUCUCAGCUGCAGCAGCUUCAUAGUAGGCAGGAGAGGAUCAGUCUUUUGUUUUGGAGGAAUGUGCCUCGUGCUGUGUUGUGUAACCAGCUGUCUUGUGGACAAGAGAAGGUGAGGAUGUUUGAUUCUUGUUCAUUUUAAGCCACAGUUGCUUUUCAUGCCAGUGGAAGCUGCGUGUCGGGAGUGGCCAUGCCCCCUCGUUGAGGUGCAUGCUUCACACACAUGAUAGUAAUGAGCACAGGUGGUGGGGAUGAGGACAGAACAUUUGAGCAGUUAGAGUGGUGUUUGUGUGCUGAAAACAGCUAAAAACAAAAUAACCAAAUCUUAUGUGAUUAAAAAAGUAAGCUAACCGUGUUUCCACAGAGGUUUUUGGCUGUUAUCGUUAUUAUGAAGGUGUAAAGUACAAUAGUGAGGAGAAACAAAGCUGUGGUAUAGUAACUGGUGCAGUGUGUGCCAUUUAAAAAUGCUGUUUAAUGUUCAUGUCGAUUAUUUAACUAUUCCAUAGCUAAAAGCAAGGAUGAAAUGUCAGCAGGUUUUAUUUCUAUUUCAUAUUUUUCCCUGAGACUGGGUUCUGUGUAUGAUAGAGACUCACAGCACUCACGUUGUCUAACAUAGUCUUUCUAAAUUAACAUUUUGCAUCUGGUAGAAAACAGGUUGAGCAGUUUAUUAUUUCAGGUUGUUAUUUGAAUUAAUACAAAAUGAUGAAAAACUAAUCACAUGUCAGAAGCACUGAUGUGAUAACAUCCUAAACCACUGUCCUUGUAAAUGUCAUAAAGGACCUUGGAUCAGAAAUCUGAACCCAGGAGUGUGCUAUCGCACAAUAGUCAAGUCAUGCUGAUGCUGCUGUAAAUAUAAUUGAACGUUAAUGUAAAGUUAUAUAUGUAGGUUAAGUUCUUGUUUGAAGAAGCAGGACAAGGUAAGUGAGUGAGGAGGAGAUAUAGAGACUGAGGAUGAUCAUUUAAGCAGAUGAAAGACUGUAUUGAUUUGUGUGUUUGUUCCUUCUGGGUGAUAAUGAUGGGACAUCAAUCCCACAGAGGUUCAAUGCAGCUGAUGUAGUUAUAAAAUCUCUGUACACUGAGAUUAUGUUACAUUAAAUGGUAGAGAGGUCAGUCUGUGGUCCAACACAGCUCUACACUAGAACAGACAUCAUCCUCCUGUUUAUAUUUAGUUCAUGUGCAGCCUAUUUCUAUUGUAGAAAUGGGUUUCUACCUUUUAAUGGGCAUAUGUAAAGAAAUUAAUUUCGGUAAAGCAUUAAGUCCUUUUGUAUUAAAUUUAAACUUGAAUGUUGAUUUAUCAGCUCAGAAUAUGGCUUCUGCUCAGAUGCCACAUGUACAUUACUAGACUUCUAGUACAUAAUAAUCAUAACAACAAUCUUCUUUUUAUUAUGUUACUCUGGCUUUUGACACUGGCCAGUGAAUCAUGCAGAGGCGAAGGCGCAUUAAUCUCCAGAAAUCUGGAGGGAUGUCAUCAGAUGUCCAACAUGGUGAGGUACCAUCCACAUCAAAGCUUUCUACAAGAACUCAAAAGAGGUCAACACAUAAGGCCCAAAAAAAGAUGCCUGCAGGGACAUCAGCUGGUCGUCUUGAAUGCUUUAUUAAGAUGACGACCGAAAGAGGCCAGAUUGAGAUGACUGCAAGCAACCUGAACCAGUCAAGUCCAGUGCUUGAUCCAAUCACAAGGAUUGGACAGAUGACGACCGAAAGAGGCCAGAUUGAGAUGACUGCAAGCAACCUGAACCAGUCAAGUCCAGUGCUUGAUCCACUCACAAGGAUUGGACAGUGUCCGAAACAUCGCCUAGUGUGCGCAACAAUAGGCUCCUUGGACAAGUGCGUUCAGUGUGUGGGACCUGUAUCCUCCUUCAAGUGGCUUCAAUGCGAAGAGGAAAUUGCAUUGAGUGACACUGAGACCAAGGACAGUGAAGGCGAGUCAGAUGACAGUGACACAGCCGUCACAGCAUCAGAGGCUGGAAAUGCUGGUUGUGCAUUAGCUUCUACACUCACAAAACAGGUCCAGGAAACUGCAGAUUUUGCAGGAACUGUGACGUCCACAGUAGAUGAGGCUUUUUGUCCGUCUGAAGGCAAAACUCAUCAAGAACACGAUUCCAGAAAAGUGAAAAAGAAGAUCUGGUCCAAGGCUGAGGUGGCUGCAGUAAUGCGGCACUUCAAAAGUCACAUAAUCAAAGGAAGACUAGCCACAAAAUAUGAAUGCAGUCACUGCAAGAUGGUCGAAGGCUCCGUGCUAGCACAACGAACAGUGCAAAAUAUAAGGGACUUUGUCAGAAACCGGGGAAUAACUGCAAAGAGGCAGACAGAGCAGCAAAAGCUGUAAAUCCACUGACUUGUGUUCAUUUGUUUUUGUUUGCAUUGUGGUUUGGCUGAUGCCUUAACGUUUUAAAAGGCCAUUUGUUUCUAAAAAUGUGUUAUUGCAAAAUGGAUACAUGUAAUACUUCAUCAGAAAAGCUAAUGGAAGUUCAUAAUGGACGUGUGUUUUGUUUGUAGCGUGUGUGGCUGCUAAUAAAAAAAAACUCCAGUUC